AUGUGGUUUGCACUCUGUCUUGGGUUAGUAAUUGGUAGUUUUGCACAAGAUUACAAAUCAUUAGAGUCUGGAUUAAAUUUCAAUUUGCCAUAUCGUGAUGUAUUGGAUAAUGCUGGAAAUGUCGACAACAUUCAAAAAACGAACCAAGACUUUCCUUCUUUGACUGUAUCUGAUCUAAAAAAUGUAACAGAUAUUGAGAAUGUUAUCGAACAACUAAAUGAGAUUGUUAGAAACCAGGAUGAUUCAGAUGAAGACGAGUACAUUGAAAGGCCAUGUCGUGUGUUCGAUCCUGAAUGUAUCAGAUCGUAUUUCGCUGCUCAUGGGCAUUGUAAUAAAGUAGAUGGUACUGUGCCAGAACCAUUACACAGAUCAGCAUCAACUGGUUACUUGCCACGAGUCAAUUUGACAGUGACUUUGGUGAACGUUGACUAUUAUGGACUUAAUGGACAGAUAGUUGAGUUUUAG